AAUUAAUUAAAUACCAAUAAUUACAUUUAAAAACUGUAACGGAGCCUGUAAUACAAAAACUAGGCAUAACGACAACCUCGGAUCAGUCUCUAAUUAAUGGUUCAAUUUUGCAAAAUGAUUUUUAGAAAAACAAAUCCAACGCCCCAUCAUCAAGCCCACCAAAAGAAAACUAGCCGUUACACAAUCUAGAAGCGUCAAAAGCUCAAUGUUCUUCUUUCCACCCGCUUCCCUCGUUGAUCAAUGAAUUCAAGAACCAGAAAACCCUAGCCAAUCAGCAAUACAACAAAACCGAAAUUCUGAUCAACUCUUAAGCAACAAUCAAAUUGUUUUUCCGACGAUUAUGAUGGAUUUCAACGCCAAAUCUACUAGGCUUACGCCUAAAAAAUGCUCAAAAAGUUCCGAGAAUUCGAACCCCAAUGUGGAACUCAGUCCGUGUUUAUCAAAAUCUUCUAAAUCACCAGCGACAAAGACACAGAAAUCAGUUUCCAGAAAUGCUAAGACAAUUCAAUUGGCUUCACCUUCCCCAAAAAAUAAGAUUCGUCAGAGGAAGUUUGUGAUCGCGAAGAAGAACAAGUCUAAUAGAGAUGGUGUGAAUGGUUCAAUGGUUUGUAAGUGUAAUAAGGAUGGUGCUGCGAAAAAGAAGUGUCUUUGUGUUGCUUAUGAGACUCUUCGGGCUUCUCAAGAAGAGUUUUUUAAGAAUCGCGGUGGAAAUGAACAGGAAGAGUGUGAUAUUGAGAAGUUAAAUGAAAUUAAUGGAGCUGAAAAUGGCUAUGGAGAGCGAAUUACAGGGUUGAGUGUAACAGCAGUCGACCAUGAGGUAACAAUUCCUGUAUCAAUUUCCGAGGUUGAAUUGGGUGAUUGUUGUGUAACAGAUAAAUUGGCAGAAAAUUCAAAGGAAGGCGUUGGUUCGGGUGAGAUGAGUGUUGGGACUUUAAAGAGGAGGAGGGAGAGGGUGUUGGAAGAAGCAAGACAAAGUGUACCUGAAGCUGGUUCUGGAAGAGUGAAGCAUUUAGUUAAGGCUUUCGAGAAGCUUCUCUCAAUACGAAAAAUAAAUGAGUGUGAGGAGAAAGGGGUAAACGAUGAAAAUGAAGUAAAAGAUUCUAGCAAGGAACAAAAAUGGGCAUUGCCUGGCUUGCAGCCUCCCAAUAUUCCAGAGACACAGGUAUCUUCUUCUUCGUUCUGUCCAUCAGAUUUCUUCCUCACCUCUGAGAAUUUAGGGUUGGAUUGGCGUUGUUCCUCCUCAUUGGAUAGCAGCCAUGGAUGGACUUCAGGUGGUGCUCGAAGGAGCAGACGUAAUAGUGCUGAAUCAUCGGGCACAAUUGCUAAAAGAAAUUGGAAGAGAAGGCAGCUCAAAGCAACCUCCCAAAAGCCCUUCAAACUUAGAACUGAGGAAAGGGGAAAAUGUAAGGAGGAAGAAUUUUUGCAGAAAGUGCAACGAAUGGUGGAGGAAGAGGAGAAACAGCGGAUACCUACUGCACAAGGCCUUCCAUGGACAACAGUCAUGCCAGAGUGUUUGCCAAAGCCUCCGACAAAAGAGAGCACAAGGCCAGUUGAUCUGGUGCUGCACAGUGACAUUAGGGCUGCUGAACGUGCUGAGUUUGAUCAUCAGGUAGCAGAAAAAUUGAGCCUUAUUGAACAAUACAAGAUAGAAAGAGAGAGACUGCAGAAGAUGGCUGAGGAAGAAGAAAUUAGGAGGCUGAGAAAGGAACUUGUUCCAAAAGCUCAACCCAUGCCCUACUUUGACAGGCCUUUUAUCCCUAGAAGGUCAACAAAAGAUCCUACCAUUCCAAGAGAGCCAAAGUUCCAUAUACUACCUCAACAUAAGAAAAUCAAAUGCUUGCAUGUCUUGGAAUGAUGAUAUGUACAUACACAACAACAAUGAAUGGGGGAUGCAGCAAUGACUAGUGACGUCGUCCUGCAUUUGGGUUUCCAUCACCUACUGAUAUUCUUUUAUUUAAUGGUGUAUAUGAAGCAGUAGUUUUUCAUAAUCGUAUCAUAAUCAUUUUUGGGAAAAGAAAACAAAGUAGUGAUUGAAUCGCGAAUUUUUCAUAAUUGUCUCAAUUUUGGGAAAGGGAAGAAGAAAACAAUGAUUUUGGCACAAUGGUAUGCCAUCUUAAUGAACUACUCUCUAUCUGCAACUUCUGUGAUAUUAUGCUUUUUAAAAUCCUCCCAUUUUUCCGCUUCAAGUGAUCGU